CCCCAUGUGGCAGAACUGCUCCUCCUUACCAAGGAAGUCAAAGUGAAGGAAAUAGGUCAAGGGCAGCUUUUACAUUCCACCCAAAAGGCACCACAGUUUGAGAUGAGGAAUUCAGAAGAGCAAGCAGCUACGACAGUUUUACAGCGCCUGCUGCAGGAGCAGCUCAGAUACGGAAACCCAAAUGACAACCGUAACCUUCUUGCCUUACACCAGCAAGCCACAGGAAAUGCCCCCCCUUUCAACAGCACUGGGAGUCCAGCAUCUCAGAACGAAGGGCUGAGCUCCCAGGACCACCAGCUUGUGACUCAUGCUGCCCGUCAGGAGCCCCAGGGCCAGGAGAUACAGGUGGACAACAGCAUCAUGGAGAAGCAGCUCUCCCCGCGACUUCAGAACAGCGAGGAUCUCCCGACCUAUGAGGAAGCCAAAGUCCAGUCACAGUAUUUCAGGGGCCAGCCGCAUGCUAGUGUUGGGGCAGCCUUUUAUGUAACGGGGGUCACCAACCAAAAGAUGAGGACUGAAGGGCGGCCCACGGUUCAGCGGGUGAGCCCAGGGAAGGUCCACCAGGAUGAAGGACUUAAGGACCUCAAGCAAGGGCACGUCCGCUCCUUGAGCGAGAGGCUGAUGCAGCUAUCCUUGGCCACAAGUGGUGUCAAGGCCCACGCGCCUGUCACGAGUGCGCCGCUCUCCCCCCUCUCUCCACUUUCUCCUCAGCAGUCCAGCGACCCUUACAAAAAUUCUGGUUCCAAUGAGUUCUACAAGAACUCAGUGCAGCCCCCUUCCCAACCCAACAUGAAAGGAAUGGAGCAGCGGGGUCCUCCUCCAGAGUAUCCUUACAAAAACGUGUCCACCCCGUCUAUGAACUGCAAACCUCAGGACUCGGGACAUUUCUAUAGCGACCAUCGCAUGAGCCAGCAGGGAAGAUCUGACGGGCCUAUGAUGAGGUAUCAACAUCCCCCUGAGUACGGGUCAGUCAGGCAGAACCCAGAUGUGCAGCUGCAGUUACAACAGAGACCACCUCACCACCACAGCCCAACUUCUUCCUUGACAUCCCUGGGAUCUUUGACUUUGCUUCAGUCUCCACCACCAUCCAGGCUGUCCCCUUCCCAGCAUCAGCAAGCUCUGACUCCAAGCCAGGGAGAUCCUGGCAUCCUGCCACGGACCCAGCAGCCAUUCUUGUCAAACCAAGUCCAUCAGGGAGAUUUGUACCGACUAUGCCAGCCCUUCCUAGGCCCACAGCAGCAGCAAGGCGAUUCCUAUUCAGUUAUGUCCCGGGCUCAGCAGAUACCUUCCCCAUAUCAGCAGAUGCAAGUCGAUCCUUUUGCCAUAGUUUCCAGGGCCCAGCAGAUGGUGGAAAUCCUGUCAGAAGAGAACCGGUCUCUACGACAGGAGCUGGAUGGGUGUUAUGAGAAAGUAGCCCGGCUGCAGAAGCUGGAAACAGAAAUUCAGCAAGUUUCAGAGGCGUACAAAAACCUGGAGAAGUCAUCCUCUAAGCGGGAUGCCCUGGAAAAGGCCAUGAGAAACAAGCUGGAAGGAGAAAUUCGUAGGCUUCAUGAUUUCAACAGGGAUCUAAGAGAACGUAUGGAGACAGCCAACAAGCAGCUUGCGGAGAAGGAAUUUGAGGGGUCUGAAGACAAUCGGAAAACCAUCUCUCAACUCUUUGCACAAAACAAGGAAACACAGCGGGAAAAAGAGAAACUGGAAAUAGAACUGGCUGCUGCACGCUCCACCAACGAGGACCAACGAAGACACAUCGAGAUCCGAGACCAGGCCUUGAACAAUGCUCAGGCCAAGGUGGUGAAACUGGAGGAGGAGCUCAAAAAGAAGCAGGUCUACGUUGAGAAAGUGGAGAAGAUGCAGCAGGCCUUGGUUCAGCUGCAGGCAGCGUGUGAGAAACGGGAACAGCUGGAACACAGGCUGCGGACCCGGCUGGAGAGAGAAUUGGAAUCUCUCCGGAUGCAGCAGCGUCAGGGUACUUCUCAGGCUGCCAAUGUCUCGGAGUACAAUGCCACGGCGCUUAUGGAACUCCUGCGUGAGAAGGAAGAAAGGAUUCUUGCUCUGGAAGCUGACAUGACCAAGUGGGAACAGAAAUACCUGGAGGAGAGUGUGAUGAGACAGUUUGCUUUGGAUGCAGCUGCAACUGUGGCUGCUCAGAGGGACACAACAGUGAUAAGCCACUCGCCUAACCCUAGCUAUGACACCUCACUGGAAGCUCGCAUUCAGAAGGAGGAGGAAGAGAUCCUGCUUGCCAACAGGAGGUGUCUCGACAUGGAGGGAAGGAUUAAGACUCUGCAUGCGCAGAUCAUUGAGAAGGAUGCCAUGAUCAAAGUUCUGCAGCAGCGCUCCCGGAAGGAGCCUGGCAAGACAGACCAGCUCUCCUCAAUGAGACCCGCCAAGUCGCUGAUGUCGAUAUCGAACGCAGGCUCGGGCUUGCUGUCCCACUCGUCAACACUGAGCAGCACUCCCAUUCUGGAGGAGAAGAGGGAGGACAAGAGCUGGAAAGGCAGCCUAGGUGUUCUGCUGGGAACAGAAUAUCGCUCCGAAUCCAUUCCCUCCACCCCCUCUCCUGUCCUUCCUUCCACACCGUUGCUGUCAGCCCACUCGAAAACCGGCAGCAGAGACUGCAGCACCCAGACUGACCGGGGGAAUGAACAAAGCAAAGCUGCACCUUCCACUGCAGCUCCCACACCAGGACGACUCCCCAGCACCAGCCUGGCCUACAGUGCAGACAAAACAGAUGGGCCACUCUUCCACUCCAGCACUCUAGAAAGAAAAGCCCCUGUUCAGGCCAUGGGGCAGGACCUCCCAGAUGGAGAGAUGGUAGAAUACCUCAUCUGAAAGGCUGUACCAGGAUCUGAGCUGGGAUACAGUAGCAAGAAAUUUUUAAAAGACAUUUUUAUUGGGAAAAAAUUGUAGUACCUGAGU